AUGGCCCGGCGGCGGCGCCGCGCCUGCAUCGCGCUGUUUCUGGUGCUGCUCUUCGCCUUCGGCACCCUCAUGGGCCUGCGCACGCUCAAGGCCCCCGAUGGGCUCCCGGCCCUGGGCCCGGGCCCGGAGCUGGCGCCCUUUGAGCGGCACCCGGAGGGGGCGCCUGCCCUCGCCGCCCGCGCCCCGGCCGCCCCGGCCGCCCCGCCGCCGCCCCCGCCGGCGCCGCGCACCGCCGACCCCCGCAGCUCGCCGGGGCCGGGCCCCGCGGAGGCCGAGCCCGCCCCCGGGCGGAGCCUGAGCGUCUACUCCGACCUGCACGCCUUCUACUACUCUUGGUACGGCAGCCCGCGGCGCGAGGGCCGCUACAUCCACUGGGACCACGUCAUGGUGCCGCACUGGGACCCCAAGAUCUCGGCCAGCUACCCCCGCGGCCGCCACAGCCCCCCCGACGACUUGGGCUCCAGCUUUUACCCGGAGCUGGGGCCUUACAGCUCCCGGGACCCCGACGUGCUGCGAGAGCACAUGACCCAGCUGAAGGAAGCCGCCAUCGGUGUCCUGGUCCUCUCCUGGUACCCGCCUGGCAUGGCUGAUGAUAACGGGGAGCCCUCAGAUGACCUGGUUCCUGCCAUUCUGGACACUGCCCACCAGUACAACAUCCAGGUGGCCUUCCACAUCCAACCCUACAAGGGCCGGGAUGACAUCACUGUACACGACAACAUCAAGUACAUCAUUGACACGUAUGGCUCCCAUGGUGCAUUUUACCGCUAUAAGAACAGCAUGGGCAAGAGCCUCCCACUCUUUUAUAUCUACGACUCAUACCUGACGUCUCCUGAUGCCUGGGCCCACCUUCUGACACCUAAUGGGCCCCAUUCGAUCCGCAACACCCCCUAUGAUGGGGUCUUCAUAGCGCUGUUGGUGGAGGAGGGCCACACCCACGACAUCCUGGCUGCAGGAUUUGAUGGCAUGUACACCUAUUUUGCCUCCAAUGGUUUCUCCUUUGGCUCCUCCCAUCAGAACUGGAAAGCUGUGAAGAACUUUUGUGAUGCCAACAACCUCAUGUUCAUUCCCAGUGUGGGGCCUGGCUACAUUGACACCAGCAUUAGGCCUUGGAACAACCACAAUACAAGGAACAGGGUCAAUGGCAAGUACUACGAGACGGCCUUGCAGGCUGCCCUGAGUGUGAGGCCUGAGAUUGUCUCUAUCACCUCCUUCAAUGAGUGGCACGAGGGCACGCAGAUCGAGAAGGCCGUCCCAAAGAAGACACCAGCUCGCCUGUAUCUGGACUACCUGCCUCAUCAACCUAGCCUGUAUCUGCAGCUGACUCGCCGAUGGGCAGAGCACUUCAUCAAGGAGAAGGAGCAAUGGCUGAUGUGAGGGGCUGACAAACCUCCCUAGAGGAUGGCAUUGUGUGGGCUCACUCACUGGUCCCCAAAAUAAACAGAUGGGUGCUUCUUGGUUGGCCACCAUGCUUCUACAGGGCUCAGACAGGUGGUGUCGGGGCACUGGGCUAGCAGGUGACUGACCAGAACCCAGGGCAGAGCAACUUCACGUCCUCAGA